CUAUUUAAAAAGAAGGUAAUAUGGAGAAAGAAUACAAACGCCGAUCAAUGCUUGUUCCAUACUUCAUUCUCAUAAAAUGUUCAAGUCUCAUAAUAAAUGAAACAUAAUCGAAUUUUCUUAGAGAGUGGGAUCAAAGAACAUUACCAAAGUUCUACAAGAUAGACCUAUGAUAGUCAUGUUAUCGCUCGUCACAAACAAGAAAAUUUGUAGCACAGUUUUUCUCUUAAAAUCCCUUAUUUCAGGAUACUCGAGCUCUACCCUCAACUUACUUUAUUUUGGACAUUACAGAUCUCUCAAAGGUCGACUAUUUUAAUUUUAUUAUGAAAUUAUAUAUACGUGUGGAUGUCAAUUGAUUCCACUUCCCCAACUUCCCUCUUCUCCCCAUCAUUAUGAGAUUGGAUCACCAUUGCCUAUAAAAGGCAUAGUUGUAGAAGAAGGACACACCAAUACAAGCUCUCCUUCUCUUCUUUCUAUCUAUUUCAUAUGUUAUAUCGGUGUGCUAUGUGUUCGAGCGUACGGAAUAAAAGCGGUGUAAUUCUUUCUCUGUUAAUUCGUGUUAAUGGUGUUCCUUAUUCCCAUCGGCGGGAUAAUUAUUUAUAACAAAUUGGGUAAAUUGCAUGUUUGGUCACUAUAAUUACUAAAAUAUUUUACGUUUGCCACUACAAUUAUUUUAUUUCAUUCGUGAUCACUGAAAUUAGUUCAACAGUUCAACUUUGAUCACUCUCCGUUAGUCUCCGUUAACUUUAUAUGACGUGAUAGUCAACUCUGAGAGUUGACUGUUAAAUAAGUGAUGUGGAAAUUAAAAAUAAUAAAAAUUAAUCUUCAUAAUUUCCACCUCAUCCUAACAAAAAAUUUAUUAUAACUACCAAAAUUGAAUACCAACCAUCUUGUCAUGGUUCCCAGAACCCCAAACCAAAACCAACUUUGCUUUUAUCGGCUGCGGCGGCGAAGCGGCCACUGCCAACUGCACUACGUUGCUUCAAGGAAGUAGGCGAAAAAAGAGCAAAAAAUGAGUGGCUUAGGGAUGCCUGGCCUUGGAUGGCUCUCUGCUCUGCGUUGGAUUAAACGUUUGGACAUCCCGGGAUUCUCGUUAUCGUCGUCGGACUGCCCCAAGCUAGACUAUGAUUACACUUGGUCGAAGUCUGGUUGUGUUAGUUUUAGUGAGUCAACUACCUCGUGGUUAACAUGGAGACAAACAAAGAAUGUCCAAUCCUCUUUGGAAGGCCAUUCCAUGCCUCUGUUCCAGCAAGAAUUGAUGUUGUCAACAGAGAAGUAACCUUACAUGUGGGAAAAAUCAUGUACAAAUUGGAGAAACCAAUCUAAAGAAGUGAUGACCUCAAGGAGUAUCUCAAGGAAGAUGUAGAGAAUGGGAUCAAAUUUCAAUUUGGUUCUCUAUUUAUAGUAAUUGUCACUCUCAUUCUUGAUACAUCCAACAUUGGAGAACUCUAGAUGACCAAAAGAGCUAUAAAGAGAGGAAUAUGUAUAAUUUAUAAUAAAUACAAGGUACAAUGACGGAGAAACCUACUAGUAACCACUAUGUGAUCCCAAGCCCAAAACAAGAUCUUUCGGCCAUGACUUCGACCCUUAGUCAAAGAAACCUUUUCCUAGUUAGUUUAGAAGGGUUUUGGCCGAGUCUACCUGUCCCAACAAAAAAAAGAAGAAGAUAUGAUCUCCAUGCUAGAAUCGUUGAUUGAUUGCCACCAAUCGACUCCUAUGGGUAAAGCUACUAAAAAACCUUUUUCUCUUCCCUCUAACUUAAAUUUGAGGUUUUAGAUCGAGUAUAGCCGUCCCCCAUCAAGAAAACCUAAUCACAACCUAAAUAGGAAAACCUUCCAAAUACGGUCAUGCGCUAGGUCGUGUUGGACUCGUAAUAUCUUUAAAUCACGUCCAAAUGCUCUCCAAAUCAUCCUCAACUUCAUAAUUCCAAUCUUUAGUGCAUUUUCCAUAAAAAAAUCACUUGAUUUGCCCAUGGUGACCUACCACACACUAAAACAACAAGCUGAGCGGAAAAUUGGCAAAAAUAUAGAUCUUGCCUAAACGAUAUCCCAAAGAACAUCAAAUGGGGACUAAAAAUAAGUAUAAUUUAUGAUGUAUUAGCACUCCUACAAUUUCAGAAAAAGACAUUAAUCAUCUAAAUAUAAAUGAGGAUGAACUUCCCUCAUUUGACCAGGUGAUCAAAAAAUUUAGGUUGCAUCGAAAACCAUUGUUGUCUCACCUACACUUAUGUUAAUAUCAUUAUUGGACAAUGUAGAUGGUUGGACAUUCUCAUGUUCACUUUUCUGCUCGCAUUUGCUGUCAGUGAAGUCAAUCUUCCUGGCGUAGGUGAUCAUAGUAUCCAGGGCCUAGCUUUGGAAAAAUGUGUUAUGAUGUUCCCUUUUCUGUUACUUGGUUCAUUGGGUUAGACUAACUCCAACCCAUGGAGCAAAAGAGCUAAAAAGCAAAAUUUAGCUUUUUUUUUUUGCUCCAACCCACAAAAUUUUUGGCUGUCAAAUAUGGGUAUGAUCAUUCUAGGAGCCAAAUAUAGCUCCUCUUUUCGUUGGAAAGCCAAAUAUGGCUGGAGUAUAAAGUGGCCCCGCGCAGACCAAUUUUUUUCUCUCGCUUUCUUUGUGAUUGGUUGUUGUUCUAUUUGAAUGUAUUUUAAAUUUAAAUGAGAAAUCAUUCAUGUAGUGACGAAACAACGGUUACAUUGUAGCGAUUAUAUUUUAACGGCCUUAAAAAAAUGUUAUAUUUAGAGUGUUCCCAAAGUUAACGAUAACAAAUGAAUGACUAAUGCUCGAAAUAUUUUUUGUUUCGGAAUUUUAAAAAAUUUACAUAAAAUUUUUUGUUUUCAAAAGUAAUAACGAACUAUAAAAAAGUUAAAGUGAA